UCGCAAACUACUGAUCAUCAAAAUGAUUACGCAAAUGGAAAAAUGUAAUUAUAAAAAUUCACGCGACUAAGUACGUACUAGUUGUUCCAAUAGAUUACAUCAAAGCAGUUUUCAUUAGUCUUUUAUCGGUCGCCAACAAUAUACGACCGUUUUGAAAGUCACUUUAUUAUAAUUUCUCUAAAUCAUAAAAUAAAAUAAAUAUGUAUUACAAUAAAUAUGUGUCAGUGUACCACCAUAGCUUAUUUUUCAUUCAAUAUAUUUUCUUUAAAAUAAUCGGACUGUCGCCUUGGACAAUAAGCGAUUUCGAAAUAUAUAAAAAAAACCGAAAAGUUAAUAAUGAUCAAAAUAACGUCUGCAAGUUUUCAUAUUUUGGAACAUUUUACAACGUUUUAUUAAUAAUUGUCAUGAUUUUGAUAACUCUAUAUUCUUCAUAUUAUGAGCGCUUAGCAGUAAAUAGAAUAGAUUCUUUACUGUCUAAACGCACUAUAUCAAGUAUUGAAACUGUCGCAGUACUGGUGGCACUUGUUUAUUUAUCAGUGUACAUUUUCCGUCAAAAAUUAAUGAUUGGUGUUUUUAAUCGGUUGAAAAUUGUGGACAGUAAACUACAAAAAUGUGCAAUCUAUAGCUCAGAAAAUGACAUAUCUCUUCAUAUAAUAUUUAUCCUAAAUUUACUUCUUUGCUCUUCCUUAAUGGUGUAUUGUGCCCAACGCUUAUCAUUAUUAGAUAUAAUAAUUAAGUGCACACCUACUGUAAUCAGUACAUGGUUGAUAAUACAGUACACAAUGCUACUAAAUAUGAUUAAUAAAAGGUUCAAAAGUAUUAAUUAUACAAUCGGCAAGAUCAUUGAAGUUUAUAAAACUGAGAAUCGACCGGAAACGGUGUGUAUUUCAAGAACGACACUUUUUCGCGGGUCUUUAAUUCAUGAUAUAAAUAAUGUUAAAUACGCGUACAUUAAAUUGUGUGAAAGUUGUGAAGCCCUCGGCGAUUUCUUUGGCUUUUCGGUUUUGACAGUUCUUAUUUUUGUCGGCGCUGGAAGUGUAUUUGUCGCUUACUUUGGAAUGCUUCCAUAUUUCGAAAAAAAGAAUCCUGGCCUUGGUAUAAUUGAGUCAAUACCAAUGUUAUGGAUGAAUUUUUCAAUUUUUAUGUUAACAACUUACGUUAAUAAAAUAAUUAAACAGAGCAACGAAACGCCGACUAUAAUCAAUCUGCUUAUGGAUCGAGGCACAAUAGAUAGAAAAGUUGAAAAAGAAUUGGUCAAAUUUGUACGUGAUCUCUCGUAUCUGAAAGUUGAAUUUACUGCAUUUGAUAUUGUUUCGUUGGACCGAACACUUAUGGGAACUAUUGUUGGUACAGUUGCAACUUAUGUCAUUAUUCUGAUACAAUUCCGUCCGAGUGCAGCUUGAAAUUAACUAAUUGUUCGUUGGUGCAAUUGCAAGCUACCUCAUUAUUCUGAUACAAUUUCGCCAAAGCCCACCUUCUUGUUAAUUUAUUAACUCUACUUGUAUACAUCAUUGUCGCAAACUACUGAUCAUCCAAAUGAUUACGCAAAUGGAAAAAUGUAAUUAUAAAAAUUCACGCGACUAAGUACGUACUAGUUGUACCAAUAGAUUACAUCAAAGCAGUUUUCAUUAGUCUUUUAUCGCUCGCCAACAAUAUACGACCGUUUUGAAAGUCACUUUAUUAUAAUUUCUCUAAAUCAUAAAAUAAAAUAAAUAUGUAUUACAAUAAAUAUGUGUCAGUGUACCACCGUAGCCUAUUUUUUAUUCAAUAUAUUUUCUUUAAAAUAAUCGGACUGUCGCCUUGGACAAUAAGCGAUUUCGAAAUAUAUAAAAAAAACCAAAAAGUUAAUAAUGAUCAAAAUAACGUCUGCAAGUUUUCAUAUUUUGGAACAUUUUACAACGUUUUAUUAAUAAUUAUGAUGAUUUUUUUAACUUUAUAUUCUUCAUACUACAAUCCCUUGACGAUAGUUAAUUCAGAUUCUAUAAUGACUAAACAAACUAUAUCAACUCUUGAAGAUCUCGCAGGACUGACAACACUUGUUUAUUUAUCAGUGUAUAUUUUUCGACAAAAAUUGAUAAUUGGUAUUUUUAAUCGGUUGAAAAUUGUGGACAGUAAACUACAAAAAUGUGCAAUCUAUAGCUUAGAAAAUGACAUAACUCUUCAUAUAAUAUUUAUCGUAAAUUUAUUAAUCUGCUGUUCCUUAGUGGUGAUUUAUUUCCACCACCAUU